UUGUCAUUCAUGACUCAUUCGCACUCUCAGUCAACAAUCCACCAACUGACACAUCGGUCUUCAUUUUCUUUAUUACACACUGCCAACAAAGACUUAUCAUCCCUGACUAAUCAUCACCAAAAGAUAAGGAGGCAUAGUAAAUUGUUCGCUGGCAAACUGGCAGUUGGUACGGUCGAGGAAGAAAAAUCAGCAGAUUUCGCAGAAUAAAUUCGGUGUGUGAUAAACUUUAAUCAAGAUGACGGACCUUAUAUGUGUCCCGUUGAAAAAAGCGUCCGACGUGGACAUCGUGAAGCCGCUGAAGAACAUAAUUGCAACCCUCUAUUCGACUGCCGACAAUCCGGAAGACUUUAGUGCAGACAUUCAGGAACUGAGUUACAUGCGAACACAAGCAGUGUCAAAAAGUUUGGAUAAAUCCGCCGCAGCAUUGGAAUUGUUGUACAAGUAUUACGAUCAAAUAUCCAGCAUAGAAAAUAAAAUUCCUCCACAAGAAGUCCAAAUUGCUUUCAAGUGGAAGGAUGCUUUCGAUAAGGGAGGAUUAUUUGGAGGAAGAGUUAGCUUGAGCGUGGCUUCAUUGGCGUAUGAGAAAGUAUGCGUGCUUUUCAACAUCGCUGCGUUACAAUCUCAAGUCGGAGCCCAUACGAGAAUAGGUGAGUCAGACGAGGACAUGAAAAGCGCUGCAAAAAUGUUUCAGCAAGCUUCCGGGAUAUUCGCACAUUUGAAAAUGGCCCCGACGACAAUGGGUGGUCAAGAACCAACUCCGGACCUGGCUGGUGACACUGUUGCUGCUCUGUCUGCUCUUAUGCUGGCUCAAGCACAGGAAAUCUUUGUUAAGAAAGCGAUCGCAGAUAAGAUGAAAGACGGAACAGUUGCGAGAUUGUGUAUCCAAUGCGAAGACAUGUAUUCCGAUGCGUUGAAGCAAUUGCAGAGAGACACUGUCAAACACAAUUGGGAGAAGGAUUGGAUCCCGACGGUGGCUGGAAAGCAAGCAGCCUAUUCUGCCCUUGCCCAAUACUUCCAGUCUCAAGUCUGCGCUGAAAAGAAGCAAGUUGGCGAACAAAUUACAAGGCUGACUCAAACACUGGAGAUUUUAAAGCAGGCGCAACAACGAUCUGGAAAUUCGAAUUUUUUUGUCGAUUAUGUAAACAAAGCGAACCGUCUGUUAACACAGGCGAAGAAAGACAAUGAUUUCAUCUAUCAUGAGCGUGUCAUUGAAGCCUCCGCAUUGACGCCAAUCGAUAAAGUCGCAUCUGCCAGAAUUGCAAAAGUUUUGCCACUUCAAGAAAAGAUGUGUGAAAACUUUUCUCGAGAUUUAUUUUCCAAUAUGGUUCCAGUCCAAGUUCAUCAAGCCAUUGCUACAUGUGAAGUCCGCAAGACUGAAAUGACGGGAGGGAAGAUUAAUCAACUUCGCGAGGCUAAUUCUUUGUUAAAUUCAAUAUUAGCCUCGCUUAAUUUGCCUGCAGCCCUUGAGGAUACUCAAGGUGCGACUGAUGACGUUCCUCAAUCUUUGAAAGAGAAGGCUAAAGUGGUACAAGAAGCUGGAGGUUCGGCAGAUUUAAUUUCAUCUGUUCAAGAAAUCCCAGAGUUGGUGCAGCGUAAUAAGGAAAUCUUAGACGAGGCUGAACGACUACUUCGAGAAGAGGAAGAAUCAGACAAUCAACUUCGUGCUCAACUUAAAGAAAAAUGGACCAGAACCUCAUCCGAUAAAUUAAAUUCUACAUUUAAAACUAAUGCUGCUCGCUAUAGGGAAAUCAUAAACAACGCCCUCGCUGCAGAUGAGGUCGUGCGUGGGAAAAUGGCGACCCAUGAGCAAGCAAUCCAAAUGCUGAGUCGAGGUGAGCAUGGUCUCGGUGAUGUUCUUCCCAAGAGUUCUGCUACAAGGUCAUCUUCCACUGGUUCCUUGUCUGCGCGUGAAAAUCUGAAGGGACUCAUGUUGGAAGUGGAUCAAUUAAAAAGGGAACGCGAAACUUUGGAGGCAUCCCUAAAAACUGUAGCAUUCGAUAUGAAAACUCCAUUCUUAAAGGCGCUCGCUCAAGACGGUGCCAUAAAUGAACCUGCCAUGUCCGUCGAACUAUUGGGAAAGGCUCUAGGGCCACUGGAAGGACAGGUUAAGUCAAACUUGGAAAAACAAGAAGGGCUCAUCGUUGGAAUUCAGCAAAACAGUGAUGAAUACUUUGGGAAAAAGAAUACAUCAACUGACACGUUGAGUCGACGGGACCAAAUGAUGCGACAGCUUGCUGAAGGAUACGAUGCCUUUACAGAUUUACAAAGCAAUCUUAAAGAAGGAAGAAAAUUCUACAAUGACUUGACCCAACUUUUGGUCGCUUUCCAAAAUAAAAUUAGCGACUUUUGCUUUGCUCGGAAAACUGAGAAGGAAGAGUUAUUACGAGAUGUUACAAGAGAUGCGUCAAGUGGUGCGGUUGCAGCUGCCCCUCCACCAAGACCUCCCCCUCCAUCAACAGUGCCAUCACUGCCUUCUAUGGCGUCUGCACCCACUCCGGUCAACACCGCAGCUCAGCCGCCAUAUAAUCCUACCCCGUAUGCUCCCAUGCCAGGAGCACCUCCUGCAUACCCUGGCGCCCAACCAAUGCCUGUGGGAGGGGGAGCACUUCCAUACCCGUCAAAUUAUCCGCAGAACAUGCCGAUGCCAUACCAACCGCAAAUGCAGCCUUAUCCUUAUCACCCUUACGCUACUUUUCCACUUCCUUCUCAUUAUAGCAUGCCGUAUACUCAACAACAAAUGGGUUACAAUCCGUACGGUUAUCCACCAAAUCAACAGCCUCCACAACAGCAACAACCCCCUCCUCACCAAUAAUAACGCCAUAUUAUUGUAUGCGAACAUGCGACCGGGCCUGAUUUUUAACAGGAGGUCAAUUAUUAUGAUUCAGAUACAUGCCUAAGCUAUAAUGAAAAAUGCAUCCAUAAUUGUUUAUAAAUCAUUUUGGUUAUUGCUAAUUUGUAAAACAUGAGAUGAUCCAAUUUCUUUGACUAACACAAUGUAUUAGAAAUUAAAAGUAUCAAACAAUACAUUUAUUAUUACUAUAAUAUUUUAGCCGAUAAUCUGAAAUGUGUUUGCUUAUACAUAAUACAUAUUCCUACAUACAUAUAUACAUGGGCUCUAAUUCGUAUAAUAAACAAAUGCAAUAG